ACCUCUGCCGACUCUCUCAAAGAAAAUGACCGUCAUGUUUGCCAGAGCAGACUUUAACUUUACAUAUCCACGAUUACAACAGUCACUGUAGUCAACUUUCAGAAAACAAACAAAGCAGUGUCAGAAGACAGCUCAAACGCCACCCCCACCCUUCAGCCCCAGACGGCAGCAGAUGCUCUGCUAUCAUCUGACAGUCGGGUCUCUGGGUUAUUGAAUGGAGCCAGUGACCUGUCAGUCUUGACUGAUAGGACCCCGUGUGUGGGAAAAUCCCGCUGCCAAAGAGUUGAAGCAUUCACAUGCUAAUUGCGCCCGAUAAAUAAGAGGGCCGUGCCGCGCCGAGGGCCCUAGAGACGCGCUGAGAUUCGGAGAGGAGGCACAAGCGCACAGACACCCGAGAAGAAACAUGACUGCUUCAUCCAUGGCGCACGACGUGGGGAAACAUCCCAGUGCCAAGGAGGAGAGGAAGCUGAGAAAGCCGCUCAUUGAGAGGAAACGACGAGAGAGGAUAAACAAUUGUUUGGAUCAGCUGAAAGAAACUGUGAUCGGUGCGUUCAGACUUGAUCAAUCUAAACUGGAAAAGGCAGAUAUUCUAGAGAUGACGGUGAAACAUCUGCAAAACAUCCAGAGUAAUAAACUCAACGAUCCCACAUUAGGCCUGGAGGCCCAACAGAAGUACAGCACCGGGUACAUCCAGUGCAUGCACGAGGUCCACAACAUGCUGCUCACCUGUGACUGGAUGGACAAAACUUUGGGCUCCCGCCUGCUCAACCACCUCCUCAAGUCCCUGCCCAGGUCCACCGAGCCCACGCCCACAUGUGAUGUCCCUCUUCAGACCAGCCAAGGCACGGGACUCCCCGGUACACCCCUCAGAGGAGACCCCCGUGCUGGGAGGCAACUCCAGAGAGAAGGGCCCUCCUGCCAUGUGGCUGGGCACCUAGAGAGGCCGGGACUCCACAGCUCCCACCUGGGGAUGCUGGAGAUGUGGAGGCCCUGGUGAACAGGUGGAUUAAUGAUGUUGGUUAUUCAUUUUGUUAGACCAUCCUCUGUUAUGUAUC